AUGGAAGAAGCUUCAUCUAAGCCCAUUUUCUUUGCUCUUGGCAACACAUUUAUAGAUUGUUAUGCCAGUUUUGAAACUAAAGACAUCUUGGAAAAAUACGGAAUCACCUUUGGAGCUCCAGGAGAUGUUUCUGAAGACCAGCUUCCUGUAUUUAAAGAUUUAGAAGCAGCUCCUGAUUAUAUGGAAAUGCCUGGAGGCUCUGCUAUAAAUACGAUCAGAGCUAUCAAUUUCAUGAUGAAAAAGCACUUGGAUAAAACAAACUCUGUUCUUUACUUUGGAACUAUCGGUAAAGAUGAAGAAGCAGGUAGAAUAAAAGGAUUACUUGAUGAAGAAGGAAUCCAAUACAAGUUCAACGAGCAGAAGGAUAAAUUCACAGGCAGAUGUGCUGUCAUGGUCAUCGAGGGCGAAAGAACCCCGAUUUCUAACUGAGGGGUUAAUAACUUCUAUCAAACUCAACAUUUUAGAGACAAUAUGCAUCUUUUGUCAGAAUCCGACGUCUUUUACGUCGAAGGUUUCUUCGUAUCCAGUAAUUAUGAAGCUAUAACUCUGGCUUAUAAGUAUGCUGAAGAGAAUGAGAAGGUAUUCACAUUCAACCUCUGAGGAGAGCACUGGAUCGAGAACUGGACUGACAAGUUUAUUGAAAUCCUACCUUACUGCGACAUGCUCUUCGGUAACUACAAUGAGUUCAAGACACUUGCUACACUUAUGGGGAUUACUUAUGAAACUAAGGAGGAAAUGCUGAACAAAAUUUCCAGCUACAAAAAGAAUAAAGAGAACAAAAGAGUUGUACUAAUGUCCAUGGAUAAGGAAGGUGCUCUCCUGGAUGAGUAUGACUUUGAAAAAGAUACUCAUCUUCAGGUAUUUGAGGAAAGUGAGCUAUUGACAAAGGAGCAGGUUGUUGAUACUUGUUGUGCUGGAGAUACCUUUAUCGGUGGCUUCUUUUAUGGCCACCUUAAUGGACAAUCUUACAAAGACUCUAUUAGACAUGGACAUAAGGUUGCUGCCAAGGUGAUUCAGAAAAUGGGGUGAUAUUUUGAAUAA